AUGGCUGUACCACUUCCUAUGCAAUUUUCUGGAAUAUUAGAUGAUGUAGGACGCUUUGGUAGGAAUACUGUUAAAAACUCUGAUGUGAUCAAGGAUUCAGGUAAAGGUUUAGGUACCCUCAAGCCUACGGAUGAUGUCAUGCCAACCACAAAAGCCUUUGAUCACGCUCAAAUUUCCAUGUCCAAAUUGAGACACACUGGCUUUGAUGAAUUCAAGACUGGAAAGCUUUCAAAGUUUGCUGAUGAAACCACUAGUGGAAAAGACGUGAACUCUGCUUCAUCUGCUUCCAAUGGUAAAGAUUCAAUCACACUACCAGGAACUGAAAUAUCAUUAAGAAAACUACGUCUUGAAAGGGCAGCAAUGUUGGUUUCAAAUGGAAUUGGAAAAUAUCAAGAUUGGAGGAAAAAACUCACACAGAUGCUUGCAAAGACAAGAACCAAAUUCAGAAGUAGAACAAGUUUGAUGACAGAAGAUACCAAGAAGCUUGAAAAGAUACCCCAAACUUUAAUCAAAAACUCAAAGUCAAAGCUUAUUGAAUUAAGAAAAGAAGCUAUACAAUCGUUUUCAAAGCUUAAGCCUACAAGAAAACAUGGUGGGAUACCAAUUGGUCUCAAGAGAAUAGUAGGAGUUUUACCAAUCAAAUCCUUCAAGUCUGUGAUGAAUAGAUUCAAGAUGUCAGAGACAGAACCAGGAAAAGCUGUAAAGACAUUGCCAGAGACACAAGUUCAACCACCAAGCUGGAAAGACAAUUUCAGAGAAUCACUGAAUCAAAUGAAUCCUUCAAGCCAUGGAUGGCUAAACAACAGCAUCAUUUUUAAUUUUGAGUUUCACUCUGAUGAUUGA